AUGUCUUCUCAGGCUCCCCACCCUACCUUGCUCAUCCCCGGACCCAUUGAGUUUGACGAUGCCGUCCUUCAGUCCAUGAGCCAUUACAGUGAAAGUCACGUCGGUGCUGGCUUUGUGAAGAUCUUUGGCGAAACCCUCUCGCUCCUCCGCCAAGUUGUCCGCUCGACCGACCCCAACGCCCAGCCAUACAUCAUCAACGGCUCUGGUACCCUCGGCUGGGAUCUCGUCGCCGCCAACCUGGUCGAGGCCGGCGAGGAUGUCCUUGUCCUCAGCUCCGGCUACUUUGGCGACCGCUUCGCCGACUGCCUGACCCAGUACGGCGCCAAGGUGACCAAGCUCGACGGUCCCGUCGGCGGCGUCCCCUCCCCCGCCGAGAUUGAAAAGGCCCUCUCCGAGAAGAAGUACAAGCUCGUUACCGCCACCCACGUCGAUACCUCUACCGGUGUCUUGUUCGAUCUCAAGACGCUCGUCCAGUCCGUCAAGAAGGUCUCCCCCGACACACUGGUCAUCGCCGACGGUGUCUGCAGUGUCGCCUGCGAGGAGCUCGCCUUCGACGACUGGGGUCUGGACGGUGUCAUCACCGCUGGCCAAAAGGCCAUCGGCGCCCCUGCUGGCCUGUCCAUCUCCUUCUUCAGCGGCCGUGCCGUUGACGUCGCUCACAACCGCAAGAUCCCCGCCGCGGCCUACUUUGCGAACAUGAAGAACUGGACUCCUAUCAUGAAGAACUAUGAGGCCGGCAAGCCCUCUUACUUCUCGACCCCCUCCCCUCAGCUUAUCCACGCUCUCAACACUGCUUUCAAGCAGCUUCUGGCCAAUGGCAUUGAACCGCGCAUCGCCAAGCACGUCGAGGUGUCCGACUACGUCAAGAAGUCUAUUGCCGACCUUGGCCUCAAGCCUGUCGCCAGCAAGAAGGAGGACCAGUCGCACGCCAUGACUGCCAUCUACCUGCCCGAGGGUGUCGGCGCCACGGAUGUCCUGCCCAAGCUGUUGAGCAAGGGCGUCAUCUUCGCGGCUGGCCUGCACGCCACGAUUGGCCCCAAGUACAUUCGCUUCGGCCACAUGGGUAUCUCUGCUGUCAACUCAAACCGUGGCGAUAUCGAUAAGGCUCUCAACGCUCUCAAGGAGUCGCUGGCCGAGUGCGGCUACAAAGCUUGA